GAAAAUUCGGGUGAAACUCGUCCCCUGCGACCUACCGACCAUCAAACUCUCUCCCUCUCGGAUCGUAACGAAACUCUCAGGUAGACGAAGAGGAAGAAGCUGAAUCCAUGUCUGCUUCGAAGCUUCAAGCUCUCUGGAACCAUCCGGCCGGUCCCAAAACCAUUCACUUCUGGGCGCCGACGUUUAAAUGGGGCAUCAGCAUAGCCAACAUUGCUGACUUUUCUAAACCACCAGAGAAGCUCUCUUAUCCUCAGCAGAUUGCGGUCACUGCCACUGGCAUUAUCUGGUCACGCUACAGCACGGUGAUUACUCCUAAAAAUUGGAAUCUCUUCAGUGUAAAUGUUGCUAUGGCUGGGACCGGCCUCUAUCAAUUAGGGCGCAAAAUUCGGCAUGACUACCUCUCGGAUGCGGAACCAGCCGUUGCCAAAGAAUGAUGAUGAAAAACAUGUCGAACGGGCCAGUGCUCGGAAGACCCUCUCAUUUCUUCCUCUCUUUUGCAAGAUCAUCUCCACCUUGAUGCCUUUGCCUUUCUGUUUCUGUGGUUUUGAGUUCUGCCAUGUCUCUCAUUCUCACUGCACUUAUCAUUCAUAAAAAGUUUGGCAUGACGGAAUACCGGUGGAUCCCUCUUUGAU